UCCUCUUCCUUUGGCUCAUAGCUCUUCUCUGUCGCUCCAGUUAUUUUGCAUUAGUUGCAGUUUGACUGGGCCUGAAUUCAUUGUUUUUUUUUCGCUGUUACUUCGACCCGUUUGGCCUGCAGCUUUUUUUUUUUUCUCGGAAAGGUGUGAGUGUUACUUUCAUUUUACACCUUUUUUUUUCUUCUUCUUUCAGAGGCUGUUUGGCACGUGCCCCGCCCCCUCCAAAUUCAUUUUCCCCAUCUGUUCUGAAAUUCUGUUGCUUAAAUAAUAGACAGGAAUUGUUUGAACAAUGAGUUCGUACACAAUUUCACUCGCUGGACCUUCGCCUUGGGGCUUCCGGUUGCAAGGAGGCAAGGACUUCAACAUGCCCCUCACCGUUUCCAAGAUUACACCCGGGAGCAAGGCAGCCUCCAGCAACUUGAUUCAGGGUGACAUCAUCGUGGCCAUUGAUGGGGUCAGCACAGAGGGGAUGACACACCUGGAGGCCCAAAACAAGAUCAAGUCUGCCAACUUCAAUCUGGCACUCACCAUGCAAAGGUCAAAGCGACCCACUCCAGUUCCCAUGACCACACCAAGGAUUGACUCCCCUAUGUCUGUGAUCCCCCAUCAGAAGGUUAUUACCAACACUCCUGCCAACAAUGAAUACCUGCCCAGCUUCAACCCAAUAGCUCUGAAGGACACUGCACUCUCCACCAACAAACCCAUUGAGUUGAAGGGGCCUGGAGGCAAGGCCACCAUCAUCCAUGCGCAGUACAACACCCCCAUCAGCAUGUACUCCCAGGAUGCUAUUAUGGAUGCCAUUGCUGGUCAGUCCCAGGCCAGGGGUAGCGAGCUGUCUGGUAAUCUGCCAGUUAAAGACCGUGUUAUAGACAGUGCUUCCCCAGUGUAUCAGGCCGUCAUUCCCAGUGAAAUUGAUAAACUGGAGCCGGCAGAUUGGGCCAAAAGAGCCGCCCAGCUGCAGUCCAAGUCCUUCCGUGUCCUCGCCCACAUUACUGGAACUGAAUACAUGCAAGACCCUGAUGAGGAAGCUCUAAGAAGAUCAAGGGAUAUGUUUGAAUCCGAAGCCAAAGGCCCUCGUUUUGCUAAACUGAAAAACUGGCACCAUGGCUUGUCUGCACAAAUACUUAAUGUGCCUCAUACUCUGGCUGAGCAUGCUUCAGUUUCCACCAGUAUUGCAUCUGUCUGUCCGCCUACUAUCGCUGCUUUGCCCAAUGAGCUCCUUUCGGAGCUGCAGAUAGCCAUUCAGGCACCCAAGCCUGAUGCGGCGCAGUUUUCGGAGCAAACCACUGUAGCCAGCUUCAACUUGCAGACCUCUAUGGGUUACAGUUCCCAGUACAAAUCCUCCAUCUCCAGUUCUUACACCCAGCCUCCACCUAUGCAGCAGCCUCCACCACCCAUGCAGCACAGCUCCAUCCAGAUCCCUCUAGGUCCACCUCCAGCUAAAGUGGUCAGCAGUGCCACCAUUGUGCCCGCAGCAUACCCAGCUGCCCCAGCUCCUCCGAUGGUUCACAAACCUGCUCCUCCUCCACCUGCUCCUGCUGUAGCUCCAGCGUCUUCUUCCAACAGGCCUCCUUGGGUUACUGAUGAGAACUUUGCCCAGAAAUUUGACCCUGACAAACCCACCACCACCACAAAUAUCAGAGUGAACCCUCUUCCCCAGGCAGCCCCACCACCACCAGCCUACAUCCCCAACCCUGUCCCUGUCCCUGCUCCCGCUCCUGCUGCACCCAGCCCUGCAUUCAACCCCGCCCCCUUCCCACCUGUGGCUCGUGGAGUUGCUCAAAGGGCAGAGCGUUUUGCAGCCAGCAACAGAACACCUCUGUGUGGAGCCUGCAACAACAUCAUCAGGGGACCAUUCCUGGUGGCAUUGGGUCGUUCCUGGCAUCCAGAAGAGUUCAAUUGCCAUUAUUGCCACACAUCCCUGGCUGAUGCCAGCUUUGUGGAGGAGCAGAAUAAUGUUUACUGUGAAAACUGCUAUGGCGAAUUCUUUGCACCUACCUGUGCUCGCUGCAACACCAAGAUCAUGGGAGAAGUGAUGCAUGCACUGCGCCAGACCUGGCACACCACUUGCUUUGUGUGUGCAGCUUGUGGAAAGCCUUUUGGAAACAGCCUCUUUCAUAUGGAGGAUGGUGAGCCGUAUUGUGAGAAAGAUUAUAUUGCACUCUUCAGCACAAAGUGCCAUGGCUGUGACUUCCCAGUUGAGGCAGGAGACAAAUUUAUUGAAGCUCUUGGCUACACAUGGCAUGAUACCUGCUUUGUUUGUACGGUGUGCCACGUGAACCUGGAAGGACAGCCUUUCUAUUCCAAGAAAGACAAGCCCUUAUGCAAGAAGCAUGCACAUGCCAUCAAUGUGUAAAUGCGUCAACAUUGCAUCAAAAGCUGUCAGUGAAGGAACUAAAUGCAAUUGUUACAUAUGCAUGUGUGGUUUUAUGGCAAGACAUCAGUGCCAAUCCAAAUGACACAAAAAAUAAUAUAAAAGAUAUACAGUUUAGUUUAUUAAACCGCAUAUUAGUAAGCAAGUGACUGAAUGAUACAUAAACUAGGCUAAUUGGCAUUUUUAAUCCAAAUCCAAUGUGCACGUUUAAUUCAAGUUAAUUCUUUGUUUUUAUAAUAACCCUAAUACAUUUAAAUACAUGCACUUGUUUGUCUGAUAUAAAUUAAUUUAAGAGAUAUAACAUUUUCACUUUUUGGAUGGGAUUGAUGAAUUUAUGCAACAUACAAUUUUGUGAUGUUAGUGAAUAAAACCUUAAUUUUAAAGAUUAAUAUUAUACAUGAAUGUUGAAGAUUGCCUGCAGAUGUAGUUGCUUUUGACAUAGUGUGUCAUGUCUUGAAUCAUUCAUAAACCAGAAACAGCCUGAAAAACUCUAUGCAUGUUUUUAUGCCUUAAACUGUAAAGUCAAUUUAAAUGUUUUUAUUCCAUGACUAUUUGUUUUCCUGAACAAUAAUGAGGCCUAUAAAUCCCUGACUUGUAUAUCAAUCACAAAAUGCUGUUAAAUAGAUUGUGACGGUAUGUUGUUGUGCAGUCUUUUCAAUACUGAAUGAGUGUUUUAUGUUUUACUAGCCUUGUUUAUUAGUGCUUUUAGUGUGUGGGAAAGCAAGUGAACUAACUCCUGCGUUAUGUGAUGUCGACAUUAGCAUUAUGUGUCAUUCUGUUUUUAUCAACUUAUUUUAAGAAUAUAAGCAGGGCAUCUGAAAGGGAAUUUAUUUUAAAUAUAAUUUAUUUUAUUUUAAUAAUUAUUUCCCUCAGUGUAUGCAAGACCUAAUAAGCUGGAAUAAGUGCGGCUCUCAAGGUUAAACAUAUUUUUUUUUUUUUAUUGUUCACGUUUUGCUUCGUCACUUUUGAAAGUAGAUUUUUGUUCUGUUCUUUAUUAUGUGCAAAACCUCAAUAUUUACAUAAUCUUUGCAAAUGGUGUACUGUUCUGAAUUUGCAUGGAUAAUUUAGUUGUUUUCUUUGCCAAGAAUGAGGAAUUCAGGUUUUUAUUGAAUAGAUGCUUUAAUUAACAAAACGGAGCCACACACAAGGAUGAAAUUUGUGUUGUUAAUACGUCUCUUAAAAUUAAUAACAAAUGGGGCAGCUGAGACCUUUUUUUUUCUCUGUGGGUAUAUGCUACCAAAUGCUGUACAUCUUUAAGAUUACAGUAAAGUUUUUGUUUCAUGCUAUGCAGCUAACAUCAAGGUCAAAUUCUGAGACUGCAAUUGCAGACACUCAUGUCUUCCUAUGUAAUAUUGAUAUUUUAUGCAUACAGUUCACUUAAAAUAACUGUUAUUUAGACAUUUUAUGAGAUGGUCUUUGAUUUCUAAGUAUAUAUUUUCACUGCCAUAUUGUAGUAAAUCUAACCUUCCACAGCUGAAAUGUGUUCUUAGGGCUACUUUUGAUUUUGGCUUGUUUUUUUUGUUUUUUUUGUUAAUUUAUAUAUAUAUAUAUAUAUAUAUAUUACUAACACCAUGGUUUGGCAUAUCAUAAUUGCCUCUCUUAAAUUUUAUAAAUUGUUAGGGUUUUUUUUUUAGUAAGUUAGUAAAUUACUUAAAAUGACAUCAAUUGUAGUAUUGUGUUCAGAAGUGGGAAUGUUGCAUCUUUUCAGCAUUUUUCAAAAACAGAUUUAUUUGAUGUAAUUUAACACCAUUAAAUGCAAAGCAGUCAUUUUACACAAUGUAUUAUCUCAAUUUGCCAUCUGCUAUGGGUUGGGUUGGUUGGGUUGGGUGGUUGGUUGUUGGGGAAUUACAGCAAUAAAAGAUUGAUCCAUAAUUACAUAGUUUUCGGCGAUCACUAGUGUUACUGCAAUAAUACAAUAAAGAACCAUAUACAGUAUGUGUUAUGUGGUAGUCAUAUUUAUAAACAUGACGUUCUGAAGUAUGUGUUAACAAGUGUCUUUAAUACAGUCUUCUGUUGAGAACUACAGUUUCUCUCUUUGUGUUUAUGUAUGAGAGUUCAAACUGAGAUGUGGCUCUACAGGAUACUGUAGAUUUACUUUAUGUAGUAUCUACUUACAUAUGCGAUAUAUGUUUGUUUUUCAAAGAUGGAAUGAAAAAAUAGCUUGUUCUCUUUUUUUGUAUUUGAAAUUAUCUUGUGAAAACAGAAUUAUUACUUUGUGCUUAUUUUGACCUUGGGCUUAAUGCCCAAAAAUACACCUGAAUCUGCACUGAAGUGUUAAACAUGUCUAAUAAAAGUAUUAAGUUGCUUUACAAACUACAAAUAGCUCAUAACACAACAUUUUACUGGCACUGUUCUUAAUGUAUGAUUAAAUAAACAUAAACAAAUGAUUGCACCUGA